AUGGCCUCACCACGUGCUUCUCUUCUUCCAAAACACUUCCUUGUAAUUGUUUCAUCUUUCAUCCUCAUCUCCUUCUUGCCCAUUUCAAUUGACUGCGAAAGCAAUGAGCCAGAUCCUCUAAAUAUCGGAGUUCAGAAACAACUUGCGGAAUGGAGAGUGAGAUUUCGACGCGACGAUGAGGAUGAACUUUUGAAUAGGGAACAGACGACUGAUCCAAAGAAGCUGUUCACCUUCAGUCGUGGAAAUCUCAAAUUUGAUGGUAAAGAAAAAGAAGAUAUUUUCUUCAAAAGACGA